UUUCUCACUGUACCAUAACCUCUUUCUCGGCUGAAUCAGUUCGUGAUCCCUUUGGCAAUCAUCAAAAAUGGCACCUUCAUUGCACCCUCUCAUCGACUCCGGAAUCCGCAAGGGCAACCCCAACUUCAGCGGCGGCACGCUCAAAUGCCACUGCACCACCGACCCCAUCACCGUCACCCUUGCCAGCAACGUCGCCCACAACCAUGCCUGCGGCUGCUCCAAGUGCUGGAAACCCGCUGGUGCCCUCUUCUCCAUCGUCGCGGUUGUGCCCCGCGAUGCACUGCGCGUCACUGCCCACCCCGAAAAGCUGACGAUCAUCGAUCCCUCGGCCGUCAUCCAGCGCAACGCCUGCAACAAGUGUGGCGUGCAUCUAUUCGGACGCAUCGAGAAGGAUCACCCCUUCAAGGGAUUGGACUUUGUGCAUGUCGAUUUGUCUGAUGAGCAGGGGUGGCAGGAGCCCCAGUUUGCGGCCUUCGUGUCCUCUAUCAUCGAGCAGGGCUUCCACCCGGACAAGAUGGACGAGGUUCGCGCCAAAUUCCACGAGAUCGGGCUCGAGACGUAUGAUGCCUUGUCGCCGGCGUUGAUGGAUGCGAUCGCCACCUGGACGGCAAAGAAAGAGGGCAAAUUAUCAGCUUCGCUGUAGAAUUUUGCAGGAGUUGAACGAUACGAAGAGACGAGAUGACCUGCUGUGGACCACUUGUUGAGCGAGAUGGCUAUUAGCGACG